AUGGGUGCUAUGGUUUCAGGUUUGAUGGAUCACUCUUUUGCAUGGGAUCAUGCGAUUCUUAAUGACAUUUUUGAGCCGGGUGAUGUAGAGCGUAUUAUAAGGAUCCCUAUCGCCCUAGGCUAUGAUGAUUCUUGGUACUGGCCUGUGGACCCAAGAGGGUGGUACACUGUUAAAGAGGGGUAUAGUCGUAUCAUGGGUGAAUAUACAAGUGUGCCUGAGACUUUUGAUAAGUGGUUAGCCCUAUGGAAAUUAAAAGCACCUCCAAAAUGGAGGGCUUUCUUGUGGAAAGCUCUCUGGCUUGUAUGGCAUGAGUCAGCUCUUCCUAUUACUAACUUGGCUGGUCACACGUUUCAUGUGUGGUUCUCUAAUGCUAUGAGUAUGCUUACGGGUGAGGAUCUUGUUGUGGUUGUGGCAGUGCUAUACCACAUCUGGAGGGCGAGGAAUGCUGCGGUUUGGGAGAGCAGUCUGCCUCGGCCAUCACGGGUCUGGCACGCUGCGAAGAUGGCGACUCAAGCAUGGCAGUCUGUUCACGCUCCGCCACCAGCGCAAACAGCACUGGUUCUGCCGCAUACCCAGGAGCCUACGCAUAUGCAGAUAUCAUACCCAGCUCAGGCAAGAUGCUUCUUCGACGCGGCUUUCCGACAAGCAACGAUGGAGGCGACGAUUGGUGCAGUCCUUUACUCCCCCACCGGCGGUUUUGCGACUGCUUUCAGUAUGAGGCUUCCAGAUUGCUCAUCACCUUUGUUAGCUGAGGCUAUGGCUUGUAAGGAGGCGCUCUCGUGGGUCAGGAAUCGGGGUGUUUCAUCUGUAGUUCUACACACUGAUUGCUCGAACCUACAACGCUUGCUAGCAUCAUCUCGUGUUCAUCUUUUCUCUUAUAUUGCCUAUCCUAUUGAUUCUGCUAGGUCUCUCAUGUCUUUGUUUACUAGCUGUUCUGUCGAACUAAUUCCUAGAACGGCUAAUCUAGGAGCACAUACUCUAGCUUCGUUAGCGUUUUCACAGGUAAACGCUAUGUCUUGGGACUCUGUCCCGCCUGCUUCAUUUCUGAUUAUAUUUAAUGAAUACUGUUUGUUUGGCUUUCAAAAAAAAGAUUGA